AUGGAAACCUCAUCGCGCAACUUCUCCAAUUCGUCUUCUUUUAACAAGUCCAAUAUCGAUCAGGAAGGAUGGGUUAAAAGCAUGCGUAAAUCCAUUGCCGAACCCGAUAAUGAAGAAAUAUCUAAAUUCCCCGUUUGUAUAUUUAGUGUCCCUAAAGUACUCCUUGCUACCGAUCCUGAUUCCUACAUUCCACAACAAGUCGCGUUAGGUCCUUUCCACCAUUGGCGCGAGGAGGUAUACGACAUGCAAAGGUACAAGCUUGAAGCAGCACGGCGUACCCAGAAGUUCAUGAAUACAAGCUUCGAACAAAUGGUGGAGGAGAUGAGGAAACAAGAUGAGGCUCGAAUCCGUGCUUGCUACCAUAAGUUUCUUGAUAUGUCUGGAGAGGUAUUGGUUUGGAUUCUAGCUGUUGACAUGGCGUUUUUACUGGAGUUCAUUCGCGUGUAUUCCGUUAAAGAACAAGGUCGGUCAUCAGUAGAAAAUUGUACAUCCUCGGUUUCUCAUAAUUUGGUGGAUACUUCCGGGAAUAAAAUGUCGCAGAUGGCGAUUCUUCGUGAUUUGGUUAUGGUGGAGAACCAGAUCCCAUUGUUUCUGAUGAAGACGAUGGUGGAGAAUCAGAUUCGAGAUGAUGAAAACAAGUCUGCAGCAGAGACGUUGAAGUCCAUGUUGAUGGGAUUGUACCAUGAGCUUUCUCCAUUUAAAGAAAAAGAGUUGCCUGAUAUUGAUAUCGACGACUGUGAUCACCUCCUCGACUUUCUUUACCACAUGACUGUGCCAAACAACAAAGAACUCCAUAUUGAAUCCAUUGAAAUAGACUAUGAAGGUAUCACUGAGGAUGCCGAUGAUGCUGGUCAAGAAGAGUCUUUUGCAAAGCCCGGUGAUCUUCAACAUUUCAAGGAUUUUAUCUGGAAAAUCGUUUCCAAAUCAAAUGCAAGUCUUUUGAGGAUUUUCAAGAAGCUAAUUUUCAUGAAACCAGUCACAGUCAUGAUGAAACUACCAUUGAAGGUGUUGUCAAACAUUCCGAUGUUCAAGCUAAUUAAAGAACCCAUAGAAAAGAUGGUUCAAAACAUUCGUGGUGGAGGAGAGGAGAAAUCAAAAGACGAUAAUGAUUCCAAUGUUCCAUUAAUAGAGGAAAUUAAGAUCCCAUCAGUCACCCAAAUGGCCACGGCUGGGAUCCUUUUCUCACCUGUUAAAGACGGAAUCUUUGGCAUUAGUUUCGAUAUCAAAACAUCUACAUUGUACCUCCCAGUAGUCAUUCUGGACGUACACACAGAAGUUUAUUUGAGAAACUUGGUAGCAUACGAAGCCUGUGUUGCAGCGGGGCCAUUGGUUGUCGCUCGUUACACUGAGCUAAUGAACGGAAUAAUUGAUACUGAAGAAGACGCAAAGCUUUUGAGUGAAAGAGGCAUAGUUCAAAACCAUUUGAAGAGUGACAAAGAUGUUGCAGAUUUAUGGAAUGGCAUGAGCAAAUCUGUGAAAUUAACCAAAGUUCCCAAAAUGGAUAAGGUGAUCGAAGAUGUGAACAAAAGGUAUUCGAAAACAUGGAGGGUGAAAUUGUCGAGGUUCAUGAAGAAAUAUGUGUUUGCAUCGUGGAAGCUUCUCACUUUGUUGGCUGGUAUGUCUAUGUUGUUCUUGACGACUAUACAAGCUGUGUGCUCUGUGUAUAGUUGUGCUCGUGUGUUCAAUAAGCUCCCAGAAAUUCCUGAAGGAACCGCCGAGUGA